AUGCCGCGACGUUAUCUUCUACCCAUCGACGGCAGCGACAGUUGCAAACAUGCCGCCCGUUACUACCUGGAGCACAUGAAGCAGGAUGACGACGUCCUUAUAUUUGUCCAUAUCAUCGAACCCACCUAUUCUUCGCCUGCAGUCAGUGUAACCAAGGACACUUCCCGUGAAUUGGUGGGGGGCAUGACAAAGUCCAUGCAGGAGAGUGUGGAAGCCGGCAAACUGCUGGGUCAACGCUAUAUGUCCUGGGCCAAGGAACACGACCUACAGUCUAAGGCCUUUGUGCACGUGGACCCCAAGCCGGGUGUUUCAAUUCUGAAGGCGGCGGAAGAAAGACAGGCAGAUCACAUCAUCCUC